CUCUCAGGGCACCAUCAUGGCGGCGUGCAGCAGCGGCAGGGCGGUGUGGGCUGUUCUGUCAAAAUGUGGGAACUCCAGCUGGACUUUAUUCACACGGUCAGCACAGAUCAACAGACAGCUCCUCAGCAGGCAGAUAUGCGUGUCCUCGACAGUGUGGCGGAAGAACCUGGCAGCGGCUGGUCCAGAGAAGUUCUCAGAGGAGUACAUUAAGAAACAGAUUGAGGAGUUCAACAUCGGCAAGCGGCACUUGGCCAACAUGAUGGGAGAAGACCCAGAGACGUUCACACAGGAGGACAUAGAUAGGAGCAUAGCGUACCUCUUUCCCUCCGGUCUGUUUGAGAAACGAGCACGGCCUGUCAUGAAGCACCCGGAUCUAUUAUUCCCAAAACAGGCAGCGAUCCAGUGGGGUGAGGAUGGACGUCCUUUCCACUUCCUGUUCUACACGGGCAAACAAGCCUACUACUCACUAAUGCACGACACGUUUGGGAAAGUGCUGGCAAUCGAGAAAUAUCAGGACAGUAUGAUAAAUAAAGGACUAUUCACAAAGGACACCAAACAGAUCUCUCUGACUGGGAGCAGAUGGCUGUUGAAGGAGGAGCUGGAGGAGUUACUGGUAGAAAAUAUCUCAGAUCAUGAUUACACCCGGUUCCUCCAGCUGAUGGAGAGGUUGCUGUCCAUGCCCUACUGCGCUAUGGAGGAGGAGUUCGUGCAGCGGUUCCGCCGGCAGCUGGAGGUGCAGUCCAGCAAGCAGGAGAUCCCAGCUCUCCAGCACGAUGAGAACGGAGUGGCCUUCAGCCAGGCUGAGGGCAGGAGGAAAACGGCCAAUGCCAGCCUCACACUCAGAGACUGUGGAUCUGGGAGCAUCACAGUCAACGGCAAGAGUUACCUGCUGUAUUUCCCCAUUCUGCAGGACAGGGAGCAGCUAAUGUUCCCCCUACACUUUGUGGACAUGCUGGGGAGGUUUAAUGUGGAGGCUAGCGUGGAGGGUGGUGGUCAUUCCGCCCAGGCCGGCGCUCUGAGGCUGGCCAUUUCACGAGCCCUGCUCAGCUUUGUGUCAGCAGGAGAGAUGGAGUCCAUGAGGCAAGCUGGCUUGCUGACGCCCGACCCCAGAGUGAAGGAGAGAAAGAAGCCUGGUCAGGCGGGGGCGCGCAAGAAGUUCACCUGGAAAAAGCGAUGAGCUGCCAGAGGUGCUAUGGUGCUGCAUACAUCUUCACUGUUAUAUUCCAGAAACAAGAUCCACUGUAGAAAGACCUUAAGGCCAUUUUGGGUUUAAAACUGUUGGAAUCUGGUCAUUUGAUCGUGGUUAAAGAUGUUGUGAAACAUGAAAUUAUGUUUCUUUGUGUUUGUGCAUAUCAGUA